UGACGUCUCGUGUGUGCGCUGCGCCUCUGUGCUGUGCGACUCGGCCCAGGAAGCUUGUAUUUAUCUGCAGCUGCCAUGAGCCAGCGGAACCGGGUGUCGUACGUACGGCCCGCCGAGCCCGCGUUCCUUUCCCGCUUCAAGGAGCGGGUCGGCUACCGGGAAGGGCCCACCGUGGAGACCAAGAGAAUCCAACCUCAGCUCCCAGAUGAAGAGGGUGAACACAGUGACAAAGAAGACGAACAGCCCCAAGUGGUGGUUUUAAAAAAGGGAGACCUGACAGCUGAAGAAGUCAUGAAAAUUAAAGCAGAAAUAAAGGCUGCCAAAACAGAUGAAGAACCAGCCCCACCUGGUGGAAGAAUCCUAUAUCGAAAACCAGUCAAGCGGUCUCCGGAUGAAAAAUUCUCAGGUUUAACAGCAAGCUCAAAAAAGAAGAAGACACAUGAAGAUGAAGUAAAUAAGCAGGAUUCACUUAAAAAGAACUUGCAGAAGCAAAUCAAAAACAGCAGCCUCCUUUCUUUUGGCAAUGAUGAUGAAAAUGAGUGAGCACAGACGGUUUAGCUUAGUCUCCUUUGAAAGUAUAUGAAGUAUUUUUAAAAAUAAUAUUUGUCCUAUCCCACCCCCCAGUACGGGAAUCAAACUCAGGA